CAGAUCUCUGUGUUGGUGCCCUCUCCAUUCUUACAUAUGUCGCAGCGCAUCCUGACAGCAACGGAACAGAUUCUGAUAUGGAUCAUGUGGGGAGCAAGUUUCACCCUGACUCUAGCCCGAGGAAUCACACGAUGGCAGCGGCAUAAGAAGUUUGGGGCGGACGAUUACUGCGCUUUCAUCGCGCUUCUUUGCCUCACGGGUCUUACCGCUGUGAUUACGAGAAUGAUGCCGCAAUUCUAUCUUGCGGGAGAGUUCCUCACAAAGCUCCUGAACAAUCCCGCGGACGCUGCUGGAGUUGAUAUGGGUCAGAUGAUGGCCGACACUUCGACGUCCCUGAAGCUCAUGUUCAGGCAAGUUGCCGCCAUUUCGCAACCUCAAGCCAAGCUCUCCCUAUUGUUCUUUUUCCGACGCCUCAUUAUAGGAUUGCCUCAAUACCUGCGUGUUUGGUGGGCCAUAUUCACCAUUGUCGUGCUACUGUACAUCGGGUGUCUUUUGUCGAAUCUUCUGGCGUGCAGACCAUUGUCAAAGUACUGGACUGGGUUUGGUUGCUCGGAUCCUGAUGAGCUACGCGCGUCCGACCAAUCGAUUCGAUUUGCAACAGGAGCGGAUAUCGCCACGGAUGGUCUCAUAAUGGUUCUUCCACUCCGCCUUUUACGUAGCCUCAGUAUCAAUGCUCGACAAAAAAUGGGGCUUGGUCUCAUGUUUAGCAUUGGAUUCAUUAUCAUUGCCUUUGCCAUCGCACGCCUGAUCAUGGUCACUCAGGCAACCUCCGACGCGUCUGGUAACAUGGCUGCUGUUGCGAACAGCCCGAGUCUUCUAAGCACCUGGUCGCAUGUCGAAGCAGCUGUUGCAGUCAUCGUUUCAAAUCUUCCAGCAUUCCGGUUCCUACUUUCUCAA